AUGUCUUCCUCUCCUGUCUCGUCCAGCCGAAAGUCUCCUGCUGCAGUGGGAGACUGGGUGAGAGCCAACGGAAAGUCCCCUGCUGCUGUAGUGGGAGUGUCAGCGGUCGCCGCUAGAAAGUCUCCUGCUGCACUGGGAGAGUGGGUGGGUGCCAGCAGAAAGUCUCCUGCUGCAGGUGCGGCCCAGAAGUCUCCUGCUGCUGAAGUGGGAGGCUCGCUGGGCGGCCUCAGCAGAGUCUUGCCGGCCCAGGCCCGGGCACAGAAGAUCCUCGAGGUGCUCGCCGAGUAUGAGAUCACCUCCCCCGCCCUCAUCCAGAGACUCAUGCCGCUGCCCGUCAGCCGAGAGGAGAAGCGAGCCUUCGUGCGGCUCCUCCGCCUCCACGACGUCUCGUACGCCGACAUCAAGAACCUCGGGGAGCUCAGCACCUCCCUCAGCACCCUCCGCGGCUGGGACCGCAUGAAGAAGCCCGCCGCUGAUCGUCCUCGCACCCCGCGCUGGACCACCAGAGACGUUUUAAUCAUGAAGCAGUCCGUGACCAGGGUCCUCGGGAUAAUGGACAUUGGGUCCCCCGGCUUCUGGCGUCGCGUGGAGGAGGAGAUGGUCAGGGGCGGGGCCUCCCAUCCCUUCUCGGCCCAGGCCAUCGCGGCCAAGUACGACGGCCGAAGUCGGGGUGACAUCGCCCGGCUGAAGGCCAGCACCAGGGGCCAGUAA